AUUAUUCCUCACUGAGAAGCCUUCACUCUUCAGUCGCAAAAUAGUCGCCGUGCCCAAGGAAGCCUCGUGCUUGGAGGAAAAGUUGAACAAAUAUAUAUUACAGAAUGGCUCUCCUUCACAUCAUUUUAGUUGUGUUAUUCAGUGAAUGUGUCAGUACCAUUAACGUGGAGUUAAGUUACAGCUCGGGCGACCCUAUGCCCCAGUUGGGAGAUGAGUAUGUGGUUGGUAGAACCCGCCUCCUUGCACCGGCAAUGUUUGUUGACGACAGAUGGAGCGCCGAUGACAUUCCUUUGUCACAUUUGAAGGGCCCAGGUGUUGUACUGGACAUCAGAGAGAAGGUGAAGAAGAAUCCAUUGGCCGAGUUGACCGUGGACGAUAUUACCAGCUGGACGGAAGCAAACGGACCUCUCCCAGAUGGCGCGGUGGUCUUCGUCCUGACCGACUGGAACAGCAGGUUGGGGGACAAACUGCCGGCCUAUCACAGUGUCGUGAACAUUACAGGAUUUUCCGGAAUCAGCCUCGACGCAGCCAAAUACCUGACUGCGCUCAAGGGCGACUCAGGGCUGGGGGUCGUGGGGGUCGGCCUCGACACCUCGACGGCCAAUCCGACGCAUGUGGAAUUAUUCGAAGCCAAUAUCUAUGUCUUGGAGAACGUGGCUAAACUGGAGAUGCUUCCAGCCAAGGGAUUCCGCGUAAUAGUGAAGCCCAUGAGCACCAAAAGAGUCGCUGACUCGACGAUUCCGGACAAUGGAUUCCAAGUAAUGAUGAAUCCCACGAACACCACCAAAGAAGACAUUGUCCCGGUUAGGAUCUUCGCGAGCAUCCAAGUCGCUGACGACGACGCCUCCACGAGCAUCCCAGACGCUGACGACGACGACGACGCCUCCACGAGCAUCCCAGACGCUGACGACGCCUCCGCUCACGGCGCAGUUACGUACCUGGCGCCCGUACUGCUCGUCCUCAUCGCCGUGGUACAUAUUAUAACCGUGUGACUUUUAUCUACUCGAGUGAAUGAAAUGAUGCGCUUCUGUUACAAAUUAGAAUAAAAUUGGGUAUUUUUCCA